AAAGGAACGAGAAGAAAAAGAAGGCAAUGGUUGCUGCUGAAAGUGACGAGUCAUCCAGCUCAAGCUCGGAUGAAGAAGCUCUCGUCUGCAUGGAGCGCAGAGCUGAAAAGUCCAACCAUGAGGAUAGGUGGACCAUGUCAGAAGAUGACACUCUCUGCCUAAUGGCCAAAGAUGAUGCUGAUCAAGAGGUAACCUCACAAACCUCCUGCUCAUCUUCUUAUGAAAGCAUACCAACUUCUGAAAAUCUUUUUGACCAGUUCAAAAAGAUGAUGAAAGACUUUGAGGAGAUAAAUCUCAAACAUUCUUCCUUAACAAAGGAGAACAAACUAUUGAGUGAAGAGAAUCUCAAAUUGACUGAAGGUCGGAAAAGUCAACUGAAUGAGAUCACUCAACUCAAGACUGAAAAUGAAUCUCUCUCUGAAAAGGUGAAAUCCCUUAACAAAGAACUAGGGACUCUUAAGUCAAAAGAGGCAGUGGAUAAGCUUCUUGAAACGACCAAACAUAAGGGUCGUGAAGGACUUGGGUUUGACUCAUCUAGCUCUAAAAGGAAAGGGAAAACAACUUUCAUCCCUCCUAAACCUACUGCUAAACCAAAUAAGCAGAAAGGGAAGGAAAAGGAAAAACCAACAGAAGUUUCCAAAAAGGUAGUCCCUCCUAAGAACCAUAGGAAGCUGGACAAACCUCAAAAAGGAAAUAAUUUCAAAAGAAAACCUUCUAACCCCCAUUAUACACGAGGCUAUACCCAUUAUGGGGGAGACAGGAGUUUUCCAAGAAAUUCUGAGUUGAGAACUAUGCCAAGAUAUAGUCACCCUCCACCUCAGAAGCUAUUUGUGCCACCUAAGUAUGCUUAUAACCGACACAGGACACACUAUGCACCACCUAGACAAAAUCAUAGGUCUUAUCAACCUAGGUUUACUAGGAGGAAAUAGGAAAUAACAUCUCCUGCACGUAGGAAGUUUUAUGCCUACAACUAUGAUUACAAUCCCAACAAGUUUAGAGCUGCAAGGAAGAUUCCCUGCAACUUCAAACUUGAUGUAGGGACACACACCAUUAACUACUCCGGACCCAAACUUAAUUGGGUACCAAAAUCUUCCUCCUCCUAAUGCAGGAAGCCACUUAGUACCCAGGUGUCUGGUACUUAGACAGUGGCUGUUUAAGACACAUGACGGGUGAUGCGAGCCUUUUGAGCAAUCUAAUUCCCUAUGAUGGUCCAAGAGUUACUUUUGGAGGAAGCAAUGAUUUCGGUCUUACUAAAGGGCUAGGAAAUCU